AUGAUCGCUCAAGAUAAAGACGAAGUCUUCAAGCGCGCCGUCUCCGCCGUCCUGUCCCAAUGGACACUUUUGAAUCUGGCAGUUGAGCAUGGCUGGGGCGGCCGCGGCCCGCAGCGGCGCCGGCAGGAGCUCUACGAGUGGCUCCUAAAUACCUUCGCCAUGGGCCGGGUCAACGUGACGUGGCUCGCGGGCGAGCUGAGUGUGCGGCUUGAGGACAUGUUCCACGUUAUCGCCGAAGACGAGUCCGAUGUUGAAGUGUCUCAGCUCCUCGUCGCGCUCUACGAAGGCACGCAGAAGGGAGACUUCUCCCUCGCGACGAAGGUCAUUGAGCAGACAAACAGCUCCUCCACGGCAGCGUCGGUCAACGCCACCCGCGCGCAGAGGUCAGGAGGUGGUGGCGACGCCGGCGAAGCUUCAAGUAGGCACAGCUGCGAUGCGUCCGACGACGACGAUUGCACCAUAGAGGACGAUAUUGCGGGCCUCAUGGCGAACACGAGCAUGGACGCUGCCGACGAAGAGGGGCCCCCGGCGUCAAGAACGCGGUCAAAAACUGGGGGCCGAGCUACAGGUCUAGAAGUUGGCGAAGACGGCUGGGUGCAGGUUGCCCGCGGCAGCCGUCGGCCCCCAGGCUGA